CAAUAACGCCGACGAUAAUAAUAAAAUUAUCAUUGUUAAUAAUACAUUAUUAUCAUCAAAUUGUCAUUUAAUUGAUUAUAACGAUAAUAAUAACAAUAAAAUGGUCGAUAUGAUGCAUCAAGGACCAUAUAUUAUGAAUAAUACUUCACCAAGAAUGAUGGGUGUUGCUGGUGGUACACAACAAGAUGGUGGUUAUAUGGAACAAGAAGAAGAAUGGGAACGUGAAGGUUUAUUAGAUCCAGCAUGGGAAAAACAACAAAGAAAGACAUUUACUGCAUGGUGUAAUUCACAUCUAAGCAAAGCUGGUACACAGAUUGAAAAUAUUGAAGAAGAUUUUCGUAAUGGUCUAAAAUUAAUGUUAUUAUUGGAAGUAAUAUCGGGUGAAACAUUACCGAAACCUGAUCGUGGAAAAAUGCGUUUCCAUAAAAUUGCCAAUGUUAAUAAAGCAUUGGAUUUUAUUGCAAGUAAAGGUGUUAAAUUGGUUUCAAUCGGAGCGGAAGAAAUUGUUGAUGGUAAUUCUAAAAUGACAUUAGGUCUUAUUUGGACAAUUAUUCUACGAUUUGCCAUUCAAGAUAUUUCUGUUGAAGAAAUGACCGCCAAAGAAGGUUUAUUAUUAUGGUGCCAAAGAAAAACUGCCCCCUAUCGUAAUGUUAAUGUACAGAAUUUCCACUUGAGCUGGAAAGAUGGUCUGGCAUUCUGUGCAUUGAUACAUCGUCAUCGUCCAGAUUUGAUUGAUUAUUCAAAAUUGUCCAAAGACAAUCCAUUAGAAAAUUUGAAUACAGCAUUCGAUGUUGCUGAAAAACAUUUAGGCAUACCAAGAAUGUUGGAUGCGGAAGAAAUGGUCAACAUGGUCAAACCAGAUGAACGUGCAGUGAUGACAUAUGUUUCUUGUUAUUAUCACGCCUUAAAAGGUGCUCAAAAGGUAAACGUUGAGCCAACAAAUGAAGCUAAAAAAGGUUUUGGAGUUGGUGGUGCUGGUAUGCCCAUUAUACCCAACACCAAUAUCGACAACAAUUUCGUUUCCCCUAUUGGAACUGCAUCAUCAGUUCCAUACAACAACAAGAUGGCUGAAACUGCUUCGAAUCGUAUAUGUAAAGUUCUUCGUGUUAAUCAAGAUAAUGAACGUAUGAUGGAAGAAUAUGAACGUUUAGCUAGUGAUCUUUUGGAUUGGAUCCGACGUACAACACCAUGGUUGGAAAAUAAAACUACUGAUAAUAAAUUAAGUACAGCACAGAAAAAAUUAGAAGAAUUUCGUGCAUAUCGUCGUAUGCAUAAACCACCACGUGUUGAACAAAAAGGCAAAUUGGAAACAAAUUUCAAUACAUUGCAAACCAAAUUACGCCUUUCAAAUCGACCAGCAUAUAUGCCAUCCGAAGGUAAAACAGUACGAGAUAUUAAUAAUGCUUGGAAAGGUUUAGAACAUGCUGAAAAAGGAUUUGAAGAAUGGCUUCUAUCGGAAAUGAUGCGUUUAGAACGUUUAGAUCAUUUGGCACAAAAAUUCAAACAUAAAGCCGAUACACAUGAAGGAUGGACACAAGGCAAAGAAGCAUUAUUACAAAGUCAAGAUUUUCGUAAUUGUCGUCUUUAUGAAGUGAAAGCAUUGAAAAAGAAACAUGAAGCUUUUGAAAGUGAUCUUAGUGCUCAUCAAGAUCGUGUUGAACAAAUUGCUGCCAUUGCUCAAGAAUUAUAUUCACUUAAUUAUCAUGAUUCUGCGUCAGUUAAUGCACGUUGUCAACGUAUCUGCGAUCAAUGGGAUCGUUUCGGUACGUUAACACAAAAACGACGUCAAGCAUUGGAAGAAGCGGAACGUGUUUUGGAAAAAAUUGAUCAACUUCAUUUGGAAUUUGCUAAACGUGCUGCACCAUUUAACAAUUGGUUGGAUGGAGCUCGUGAAGAUUUAGUCGAUAUGUUUAUCGUACAUACUAUUGAAGAAAUUCAAGGAUUAAUCGAAGCACAUGAACAAUUUAAACGUACAUUAGGUGAAGCUGAUCAAGAAUAUAAUUCAAUUAUUAAAUUAGCACAGGAAAUUCAAAGCUUUGCUACUCAAUAUCAAAUUCCUGGUGGUGUUGAAAAUCCUUACACUGUUUUGUUGCCAUCGGAAAUUACUACUAAAUGGAAUGAUGUUAGACAAUUAGUGCCAAAACGAGAUCAAACAUUGCAAUCAGAAUUGAUUCGACAACAACGAAACGAAGGUUUACGUAGAAAAUUUGCCGAAAAAGCUAACGGUGUUGGUCCAUGGAUUGAACGACAUAUUGAUGCUGUUGCUGCCAUUGGAAUGGGAAUGCAAGGAUCAUUAGAAGAACAAUUGAUGAAAUUACGUCAAUAUGAAGAAGCUGUUAACAUGUACAAAGUUCAUAUGGAAGAAAUGGAAAAGAUUCAUCAAGAAGUGCAGGAAAAUAUGAUUUUUGAAAAUCGUUAUACACAAUAUACAAUGGAGACUCUACGUGUCGGAUGGGAACAGUUGUUAACAUCGAUUCAACGAAAUAUUAAUGAAGUUGAAAAUCAAAUUUUAACUCGUGAUUCGAAAGGAAUAACACAGGAACAGCUUAAUGAAUUCCGUGCAUCAUUCAAUCAUUUUGACAAAACACGUACUGGUCGUUUGAAUCCGGAUGAAUUUAAAUCUUGCCUUAUUUCGGUUGGUUAUAACAUCAGAAAUGAUCGUCAAGGUGAAAAUGAUUUUAGACGUAUCAUGAGCCGUGUUGAUCCAAACAAUACAGGUUACGUUACUUUUGAUGCUUUCCUUGAUUUCAUGACUCGUGAAAGCACCGAUUCAGAUACGGCUGAACAAAUUAUCGAUUCAUUUAGAAUCCUGGCAAGUGAUAAGCCUUAUAUUACCGCUGAAGACCUCAGAAGAGAAUUGCCACCAGAUCAAGCUGAAUACUGUAUCCAACGUAUGGCACCAUAUAAAGGCAUUGGAAGUGUUCCCGGAGCAUUAGAUUAUCGUUCAUUCUCUACUGCAUUGUAUGGUGAAUCGGAUCUUUGAAACCAGAUAGAUAGAUAGCUAAAAAUCUAAUUUUCUUUAAACGUUUUGAUGUCUUUUGACAAUCAUAAACCAUAAAGACCUUCACUUGAUGUUGAUUUAUUUCUUUAUACCUUAUUAUUCUUAUCAAACAUUAAUAACUAGUCAAAACAUAUAUUUACAAA